AUGCAAAUAGGUGCAUCCAGCUCCACCCAGCCUGGCUGGGGCCAGCCAGGAGGGAAUCAUGAAUCAACUAUUGGGGAUUCGCAAGGAGAAUUCGCUAAUUUUGAAGAACUCCAAGCGGAAUACAGGGAUUUACAGAAGAUCCCACACUUGUGAGAUAAAAUCAUGCAGAGUUAUAAGGCAACUGGAUCUGGUGGAACAUUCAAGAUGCUGAGACGUCUGAAAAUUCCAAAUGAGGUCUCCUUGAAGCCUACUGGGUUCCCAAACUUGCAGAAUAGCAUAUUUGAUGUCCCAGAGAGUGGUUCAGGCCAGAUUAGCCUAGCAGAGCUUGUGUGUAGCAAGAUUAGAGAGUUUCAUACUCUGGAACAUCCGAGCUUGAGCACGAUCAAUAAGGUCUGGAAUUUCCAAACUGAGAUUGUUACUGAAGAAGAAUACUAUAGUGGAAUGAGCCUUUCUUAUUUCCUGGAGCAUAAAUAAAGGCCAGAUUAGUGAAGUCCUUGUCAGGGAUAUC